CACCUUUGUGCACUUCCGCCUCUGUGCACUGCAGCCUUUACUUCUGUUUUCCUCAGGCCUUGCGUGGGAAGCGCGGUUCCCGGGCUGGCGGGUCUGUGCGCUCUUCUAGGGCCAGUGCUACACGACGAGGGAGAGGCGGCUUUAUAGGGAAGGAGAAUUCAGGAGCUGCCACACAGGCCAGAUCUUUCAUGACCCCAGUCCUCCUCUUCUAACCCAGCGUAUCUUGAGAGUUGUCUACAUUUUCCCAAGAACAGCAGAAAAUGAAUAAAUCCCAGAUUGAACAGAAAUUCCAGGGAUCGGUAUCAUUUACGGAUGUGACUGUGGGCUUCACCCAAGAGGAGUGGCAGCACCUGGACCCAACUCAGAGGUCCCUUUACAGAGAUGUGAUGCUGGAGAACUACAGUAACCUUGUCUCAGUGGGGUAUUGUGUUACCAAACCAGAGGUGAUCUUCAGGCUGGAGCAAGGAGAGGAGCCAUGGAUACUGGAGGAAGAAUUCCCAAGACAGAGCUUCCCAGAAGUCUGGAAGACUGAUCACAUGAAAGAAAAGAGCCAAGAAAACCAGCCUAAACAUGUGUGGGAAGUUGUAUUCAUCAAUAACGAAAUGCUGACUAAAGAACAAGGUAAUGUAAUAGGAAAACCACUUAACUUGGACACAGAUUCUUUUCCUUCCAGAAAAAUACUCUGUGGGUGUGACUCAUGUGGAAUGAACUUCAACUAUGUUUCAGAAUUCGUUAUCAAUAAGAAAAACUAUUUAGGAAAAAAGACUGAUGAAUUUAAUGCCUGUGGAAAAUUGCUACUCAAUAUUAAACAUGAGAAAACUCACACUAGAGAAAAAAGUGAAUUUUUUAAAAAUGGGAAAACGGUCAGUGAUAAUGAGGAUCCUGUUCAGCUUGAGAAGAUUCAAACUUUAGAGCAAAAUUUUGAAUAUAGCAUAUAUCGAGAAACCUUCCUUGAAAAGGCAGUAUUGUAUACACACAAAAGAGAGAUCACUGAAGGGAAUGACUGUGAAUAUGAUGAAUAUGGGAGAAGGUUCUGUGAUAACUCAUCCUUCUUGUUCCAUCAGAUAACUCCCCCAAAAGAAAAUCACUGUGAACUUAGUAAUUGUGGGAAAUCCUUAUGUGUGAAGUCCACCCUUUUGAAACAUCAUGGGGCACAUUUGAAAUACUAUGAAUGUGAUGAAAGUGGGAAUAAUUUCAGGAGGAAGUUGUACCUCUCACAGCUUCAGAAAACUCAUACAGGAGAGAAACACUUUGAAUGUAAUGAAUGUGGGAAAGCUUUUUGGGAGAAGUCACACCUCACUCGACAUCAGAGGAUACACACGGGAGAGAAACGCUUUCAAUGUAAUGAAUGUGGAAAAACUUUCUGGGAGAAGUCAAACCUCACUAAACAUCAGAGAUCACACACAGGGGAGAAACCCUAUGAAUGCAGUGAAUGUGGGAAAGCCUUCAGCCACAAGUCAGCCCUCACAUUACACCAGAGAACACAUACGGGGGAAAAACCCUAUCAGUGUAAUGCAUGUGGGAAAACUUUUUACCAGAAGUCAGACCUCACUAAACAUCAGAGAACACACACAGGACUGAAACCCUAUGAAUGUUAUGAAUGUGGGAAAUCCUUCUGUAUGAAUUCACACCUUACAGUACAUCAGAGAACUCAUACAGGUGAGAAACCCUUUGAGUGUCCUGAGUGUGGGAAAUCUUUCUGUCAGAAGUCACAUCUUACACAACAUCAGAGAACACACUUAGGAGAUAAACCCUAUGAAUGCAGUGCAUGUGGGAAAACUUUCUACCACAAGUCAGUACUCACCAGGCAUCAGAUAAUUCAUACAGGGUUGAAACCUUAUGAAUGUUAUGAAUGCGGGAAAACCUUCUGCUUGAAGUCUGACCUUACGGUACAUCAGAGAACUCACACAGGGGAGAAACCCUUUGCGUGCCCUGAAUGUGGGAAAUUUUUCAGCCAUAAGUCAACUCUCUCUCAACACUAUAGAACCCAUACAGGGGAGAAACCCUAUGAAUGUCAUGAAUGUGGAAAAAUCUUCUAUAAUAAAUCAUACCUAACUAAACAUAACAGAACACAUACAGGGGAGAAACCCUAUGAGUGCGGUGAAUGUGGGAAAACCUUCUGCCAGAAAUCACAGCUCACUCAGCACCAGAGAAUUCACGUAGGGGAGAAACCCUAUGAAUGUAGUGAAUGUGGAAAGGCUUUCUGCCAUAAGUCAGCUCUAAUUGUACAUCAGAGAACGCAUACAGAAGAAAAACCCUAUAAAUGUAAUGAAUGUGGAAAAUCUUUUUGUGUGAAAUCAGGACUUACUUUGCAUCAGAGAAAACACACAGGGGAAAAGCCUUAUGAAUGUAAUGAAUGUGGGAAAUCCUUCAGUCACAAAUCAUCCCUCACGGUGCAUAACAGGGCUCACACAGGGGAGAAAUCUUGUCAAUGUAAUGAAUGUGGGAAAGUUUUUUACCGUAAAUCGGACCUUGCUAAACAUCAGAGAUCACACACAGGGGAGAAGCCCUAUGAAUGUAACACAUGUGGGAAAACGUUCUCUCAGAAGUCAAACCUCAUUGUACAUCAGAGAACACACACAGGAGAAAAAUCUCAUGAUUGAAGCGAAUAUUAGAAAUGUUGAGCAUUUCAGACAAUUCACACCGUGGAGAAAGCUCUGUUGACAUCCUGAAUGUUCCGUAACCUUCAUCCACAAACCAGCCUUAUUUUACUCUAAAGUAAUGACAUGGGACAUAUCUCUAGACUGCAACAAGUAUAGGACAGUCUUGUUAAGAGGUAACAUUCCAUUGAACGUCACAUAACUAAUACUAUUAAUACUAAUACUAAUACCUCACAGAUAUUUUGAUUUUGUAAAAAUUGUAGCAAAAAUACAAACUAGAUUAUGUCGUAAUUUAUGUUGGGGAGAAGUCUGUCCAUUUGAGACAUAUGGCUUGAAGAUUUUCUUUAGAGGUAAUCAGACAUUAGAAGUUAGAAGUUGUGUUUUGGUUUUGAUGUCAUAGUUAUUUUUAGGAAACAAAUUGUAAUUUAUAGAUGUAUAUUGUGCAAUGUAAAGCUUUAAAAACUAAUAAAAAAAUAGUAAAAUAGACUCACAAGAAGGUGCAGUAAUAGUACAUAAAAUUCUCAUGUGCCCUUUAUGAAGCUUCCUCUAAUAGUAAUGUUACAUAACCAUAGCAAGUACAA